AUGAAUUCGGGAAUUCAUACACCACAUGACAUUCAUCCAGUUGUCUCCCAAGUCCAUGUUGACGACAUGGGCAUUGCCAGUAUACUAUCCAAUAAGAAUAUUACCAUCAAUGUCGACCACGUUAUUGACAAUGACGAGGCAAUGUUAUUAGCCAUUGGUUACCGUCAGGAAUUACGUAGAGAAUUCAGUUUAUGGUCUAUUUUCGCUGUUAGUUUCUCAGUGUUGGGGUUACUUCCUUCCAUUGCAGCUUGCUUUGACUAUCAACAGUUGGUUGUUGGUAUGUCUCCGUUACCUUGGCUGAUUGCCAUGAUUUUUAUUACUUCGGUUGCUUAUUCAAUGGCCGAAAUCGCCAGUGCAUUCCCCUGUUCUGCCGGUACUCCUUAUGCGGUAUCACAAUUGGCUCCAAAAAAAUAUUCUUCAUUUUUAACUUGGUUCACAUGUUGGACAAACUGGUCUUGUCAAAUCACUGCGGCCCCUAGUGUGAGUUAUUCUUGUGCCUGUAUGAUGUUGGCUCUUCACUCGUUCACUGAUCCUUCAUUUGUGGCCAGCAAUGCACAAAUAUUUGGUUUGACAACAGGAAUUCAAGUCUUGUGUGCAUUUAUGGCUUGUUUCCCCACUAAAUGGGUCGCCAGAUUCAGUUCUGCCGGAACUGUCUGUAAUAUAGUAUUCUUGGUGAUUGUUUUCGUCAUGAUUCUUGGUGGGAAUAAAAGAGACCAAAUCAACGAAGGGAUCUCUAAAUUCAAUUCAAACUCGACUGCAUGGGGGUUGGAUAAUCAAGCAGAAUGGCCCACUGGGUUGUCAUUUUUGAUCAGUUUUAUGGGGGUCAUUUGGGCAAUGUCAGGUUACGACUCUCCUUUCCAUCUUGCCGAAGAAUGUUCCAAUGCUGCUGUUGCUGCCCCUAGAGCCAUAGUUUUAACAAGUACCGUUGGUGGAUUGAUUGGCUUUAUGUUUAUGAUUGCUAUUGCGUAUACAUUAGUUGAUCUUAAUCAAAUCAGUGCUGACCCUCAAGGUCUUGGACAACCUUUUGUUACCUAUUUAACUCAGAUCAUGGACAAAAACUUGGUUAUUGGUGCCACUGCCUUGACAAUCAUCUCAUCUUUCUUUAUGGCUCAGAAUUGUCUUUUGGCUUCUAGUCGUGUCACAUAUGCUUAUGCCAGAGAUGGGUUAUUCCCAUUGUCUGGAAUCUGGAAAAAAGUGUCACCAAAAACCCAAACACCAAUAAAUGCAGUUCUUAUGAACUUUAUUGUGGAAGAAUUGUUGUUAUUGUUGAUAUUUGGAGGCGAUGUUAGUAUUGGUUCAAUUUUCAGUAUUGGUGCACUUGCUGGGUUCAUCUCAUUCACCAUGCCAACACUUUUGAAAAUUACUUAUGCCCGUAAAACAUUCCAGCCAGGCCCAUGGAAUUUAGGAAAGUUGUCUGAACCAAUUGGUUGGGUUUCAGUGGCCUUUGUUGGCUUGAUGGUUCCAAUCCUUUGCUUCCCUACCGUUAGAGGUGCUGAUUUAACUCCAACAGAAAUGAACUGGACUUGUUUGGUAUAUUUUGGGUUGAUUUUGUUGACAACCAUCUGGUUCGUAGUAGAUGCAAGACGCUGGUACGUUGGUCCACGUAGUAAUAUCUCUGAAGAAGAUAUUGUGUACGGUGAGAAGAUUGAAGAUGAGGGAGAUGAAAUACCUGAUGUUAUUGAUGGCCAAAAGAUUAGUAUCUCGAGUACUGAAAAAAAAUAA